CAGAAAAUGGCUGAUAAGUGUCACAUGUGUCUGCUGGGACGGAUCAUUCUCUGUGCACUUCUCACAGGUAUGAGUGGAGCAGACGUGACUCAAGUGUUCUUCAGUUCUGGUGAAGAUGUCCGUCUGUCCUGUAAUAAUGCUCUUUCUGGCUGCACAUCAACUGUAUGGAACUAUAACAGACCGUCAGAGACAGGGUCAGCGGCAGAGAAGUCAAAUCAAUCAGCGGCAGUUGAACUGAUUGCUUUAGGAAUAAAGAAGACUGACACAGAGAGACACGAGAGACUGAGUCUGGGCUCUGACUGCUCUCUGAACAUCAAGAAAGUCACAAAAGAAGAUCGUGGAGAAUACACCUGCAGACAAUUUGUGAAUGGACAACAACAUGGAGCUGAUGCACGUGUUUAUCUGCAUGUUCUUCAUGUGUCUUCAUCAUCCUCACAGUCUGAGAUCAGAUCAGGCCGCUCUCUGACUGUCUUCUGUCAGUUAUAUUAUUAUUAUUAUGAUCGAGUCUCUUGUGAUGAUUUAGUCCGUUCUGAGGGUCUUGAUCUGAUCUGGGUGAAUCAGGCUGGUGUGAAUCUGCAGACAGACUCCAGAUUUCAGAUCUCAUUCUCCUCAGAACAGUGUAACAUCUCUCUGACUACAACACUCCUGAAUGAAGAUCACAACAGAGAGUGGAGAUGUCAGCUUAAACACAGAGAUCAACUGAAGACCUCAGCCACAUAUACUGUCAAGUAUCCAACUCCAAGCGAAACAAAUCCACCGUCUCCAGUCACCAGCUCUAAAUCAGCUUCAGCUCCUACACAAGCAGCUUCAGCUGAUUCAACACUGAUUCCAGUCAGCAGCUCAAACUCUGAGAAGAAAGCAAGUCAAACUACAGCAGCUUCUACAGAACAAGAGAACCAGACUCCUCAAACCCCCGAGACAACAGCUACACAGAGAGUAAUCGUGAUUGUUGCUGCUUCUGCGUUAGCUGUUCUGGUUACUGCUGUUAUUCUUUGGGUGGUUCGCAAAAAAAGAGCUGAUAACAGAAAAGGGACUAAUGACUCUGUGGAGCAGAAAGAUGAUGCGACUUACACUGAGAUUGACACAAACUGGAAAAUCGAAGCCAAAAAUAACAAGGAGCAGAAAGAUGAUGUGACUUAUACUGAGAUUGGCACAAACCAUAAAAGCAGAGCUAAAAAUAACAAGGUUCAUGAUGAUGAUGAAGUGAUUUAUUCUUUUAUCACACAAGCAACAGUUGGACCUCAGGAUGACUUCAGUUAACAUGCAUUUGUGAACAAGAACCAUCAGAAACCUCCUCCAGAGACCUCCUAUUAUCAGUCACAGAGAAAUAUAAACCUUUAAUUAUUGACUUUCAUUCAUUCCCAUUGUAAAUCACAUUUCUCACAUUUUAACAAACAGUUUUUUAUCUUUAAGCAACAAACAAUAAAGAAGGA